UCCCUCGGUUAGGGCUGGAUGGGUGGGGAAUCUGGGCGGGUGGUGGAGUCACUGUUGCUUGAGCCAGGCUACGGACGCGCCCGGUGCCCCGGGGAGGGGCGCCGCCGGUGGGGGGAGGAGGAGGGAAGGACGCCCUCUCUGCCCGAGACCUCUGGAGGCUCUGACCUCAGGGGCUAGGGGACAGAGAAGCCAAGUUCCUGCAGCUGGGCUGCCUGAAGAGGCCACGACCCUGGAGGGCCCUGAGCCCACCGCGCCAGGUGCCCCAUCCCCACCCCAGGGGCCUAAAGCGACAGUCUCAGGGACCACUGCAAGGUUUCCAGUUGCCUAGACAACGAGUCUCGGGUCAGAGCAACAGCCCUUCUAGCACCUGCCUCCGCCAUCGCCGCCACCGCUGCUGCUGCUGCUGCUUCUGCUGCCGCGGCCUUGGGCACCGGGUGACAUGCCGGUGCUCUCCACCCCACGGCCCUCGCGGGUGACCACACUGAGGCGCACAGCUGUGGUCUUGGCGCUGACAGCCUAUGGAGCCCACAAACUCUACCCUCUGGUGCGCCAGUGCAUGACCCCGGCCAGAGGUCCUCAGGGCCCAGCCGGGGAGUCCCUACAGGAGGCCCCCGAGCCCACUGCGACCAAGGCUGGCAUGAACAGGGUGUUCCUGAGGCGGUUCCUGGUACUCUUGCGGCUGCUGUUCCCCCAGGUCCUGUGCCGGGAGACCGGGCUGCUGGCACUGCACUCUGCCGCGCUGGUGAGCCGGACCUUCCUCUCCGUCUAUGUUGCCCGCCUGGAUGGCCGGCUGGCCCGUUGCAUCGUACGCAAGGACCCUCGAGCCUUCGGCUGGCAGCUUGUGCAGUGGCUGCUCAUUGCACUCCCCGCCACCUUCGUUAACAGCGCCAUCCGCUACCUGGAGGGCCAGCUGGCUCUGUCCUUCCGCAGCCGUCUGGUGACCCAUGCCUACAGUCUCUACUUCUCCCAGCAGACCUACUACCGCGUGAGCAAUAUGGAUGGACGGCUUCGCAACCCUGACCAGUCUCUGACUGAGGACCUGGUUGCCUUUACCGCCUCCGUGGCCCACCUCUACUCCAACCUGACCAAGCCGCUGCUGGACGUGGCCGUGACCUCCUACACUCUCAUCAGGGCAGCGCGCUCCCGCGGGGCUGGCACAGCCUGGCCCUCGGCCAUAGCAGGCCUUGUGGUGUUCCUCACGGCCAACGUGCUGCGGGCCUUCUCACCCAAGUUCGGGGAGCUGGUGGCCGAGGAGGCGCGACGUAAGGGGGAGCUGCGCUACAUGCACUCUCGAGUGGUGGCUAACUCAGAGGAGAUCGCCUUCUAUGGGGGCCACAAGGUGGAGCUGGCACUGCUGCAGGACUGCUACCGGGCCCUGGCGGCGCAGAUCAAUGUCAUCCUGCUGGAGCGCCUGUGGUAUGUCAUGCUCGAGCAGUUCCUCAUGAAGUACGUGUGGAGUGCCUCGGGCCUGCUCAUGGUGGCCGUCCCCAUCAUCACUGCCACUGGUUACUCGGAGUCAGACUCGGAAGCAGAGAAGAGGGCCGCCUUGGAGAUGCGGGAGGAGGAGCUGGUGAGCGAGCGCACGGAGGCCUUCACCAUCGCACGCAACCUGCUCACGGCCGCAGCUGAUGCCACGGAGCGCAUCAUGUCAUCCUACAAGGAGGUGACGGAGCUGGCCGGCUACACAGCACGCGUGCAUGAGAUGUUUCAGGUGUUCGAAGACGUCCAGCACUGUCACUUCAAGCGGCCAGGGGAGCCGGAGGACGCCCAGACGGGGGCAGGGGCCGUGGUGCGCUCUGGCGUCCAUCUGGAGGGGCCCCUGCGCAUCCGAGGCCAGGUGGUGGACGUGGAGCAGGAUAUCAUCUGCGAGAACAUCCCCAUCAUCACACCCACGGGAGAGGUGGUGGUGUCCAGCCUCAACAUCCGGGUGGAAGAGGGCAUGCACCUGCUCAUCACAGGCCCCAACGGCUGCGGCAAGAGCUCGCUCUUCCGGAUCCUGGGCGGGCUGUGGCCCACUUACGGUGGCGUUCUCUACAAGCCCCCUCCACAGCGCAUGUUCUACAUCCCCCAGAGGCCCUACAUGUCUGUGGGCUCAUUGCGAGACCAGGUCAUCUACCCGGACUCAGUGGAGGACAUGCGCCGCAAGGGUUACUCGGAGCAGCAGCUGGAGACCAUCCUGGACAUCGUGCACCUGCACCACAUCCUGCAGCGGGAGGGAGGCUGGGAGGCCCUGUGUGACUGGAAGGAUGUGCUGUCUGGGGGUGAGAAGCAGCGGAUUGGCAUGGCUCGCAUGUUCUACCACAGGCCCAAGUACGCCCUGCUGGACGAGUGCACCAGCGCCGUGAGCAUCGACGUGGAGGGCAAGAUCUUCCAGGCGGCCAAGGACGCGGGCAUCGCUCUGCUGUCCAUCACUCACCGGCCCUCACUGUGGAAGUACCACACGCACCUGCUGCAGUUCGACGGCGAGGGUGGCUGGAAGUUGGAGAAGCUGGACUCGGCGGCCAGGCUGAGCCUCACCGAGGAGCGGCAGCGGCUAGAGCAGCAGCUGGCCGGCGUCCCCAAGAUGCAGCAGCGCCUGCAGGAGCUGCGCCACAUCCUUGGCGAGGCCCCUGGCCCUGGUGUCUCCAUCUGAGCGCCGCUAGGCCUCCCAGCCCCCACCAUGCCCUACCCCAGGAUCUCGGAUCACUUGAAGGAAACCGGCCCGAGGUCCCUACCCUGCCCUUCUGCUUUUGCUGCCCCGCAUGCCUCCCACCCCAGGGCCUCAGCCACCCUUCCUGGUGGAGCCAGGGACCCAGGACCCUGGAGCUCUAUGCCACUGUGACUGCCACAUGGGGCAGCGAGUCCUUCACUUUGCUCCGGGGAGGGGCAUGAGGCUCGGGGCUGAGCUGGGGGAUGGAGUGGGACCCCCAAAUCCCAGCUCACUGCUGCCAGCUAGAGGCAGCCUCCCUCCUGAGACUCAUGUCCCCACUUCCCCAUUGCUGUCGCCACUCCUGGGGUGGCUAGGAGAGGCCCCUGACCCAUGGGAUGCCCUUCCUGCCAGAGAAGCAGCCAAACAGGGCCCAGGGUCAGAGAGAGCCCCGUGCCGGUGUCCUCUCUGCCACCAGGAGUCCCCAAGAGCCCCCUGGAAUGGGAGAAGAGCCACAAGAAGGCAGCCCCGCCCUUCUCUUCCACCUAAUUUAUUGGCUUCCCUGUUCGUGGCCACCUCCAUUGCCAGCGGGGGCGGUGGCCAGGCCCAGUCCUUCCCAGAAGCCACCACCACCAUCCCCGCCAGUCUACACUGCCAGCCGCCACUGGGGGGCGCGCGCUGCCCGUCCACUGGGAGCCAGGGCUCCGUGUUCCCAGCUCAGUGCCAAAGAGGGGUUCCAGGGGGCGCUGUGUCGCCAGAGGGAGACCCUACCUCCGCGUGUGCCUUUCCCGGGCCCUCGGCCCCGGGCGGGGCGCCCUCAGUCCCCUCAGUAAAGCUGCCGUGGAAAACGCG